AAAAGAAAAACAAGAUUCAGUAGUCGAAAACGAAGAGAGCACCAUGAGGACUCUGUCCCUGCUCGCCGUCCUCCUCCUUGUCGUCGCUUCCCACCCGCGCAACGCCGCCAACGCCCACGGCGGCCACCGGUUCGGCAAGGAGAAGCUCACCAACCUGCGCUUCUACCUGCACGACACCCUCAGCGGCAGCGACCCGACGGCCGUCCCGGUGGCGCACGGCGCCAGCACCACGCCCAGGCCCGGCGACCCCACGCCCUUCAGCUCCGUCUACGUCGUCGACGACGUGCUCACGGAGGGGCCCGAGCGGACGUCCAGGGUCGUCGGCAGCGCGCAGGGGCUGUACGCGUCCACGGGCAGGCACGGGCUGGGCCUCGUCCUGGGCAUCGACUUCGCCUUCAACGACUACAACGGCAGCUCCUUCGUGGUCUUCUCGCGCAACCCCGUCGCGGACGGGGACGGCAGGGAGCUCGCCGUCGUCGGCGGCCGCGGCGCCUUCCGGCUGGCCCGCGGCUUCGCGCUGCUCCGCACGCACUACCUCAACACCGGCAACGGGGACGCCAUCAUCGAGUACAACGUCACCCUCAUGCACUACUGAUGAGAGUUUUGUUUGCUUGUUUCCUCCGUUGAUUAUAAUCAUAAAACGUGCCGUGCGUGAUUGAGGUUUUUCUUGCUCCGUGUCUGCUGGUUUGCACAGGCGUACUCUCCUUUCAGUACGUAUAGCACUCUAAAUUUCACACUUGUCCUAGUCCGAAUUUUCCUGCAACAUAAUAAGACGAGACAACCUGAUACAGCGUA